AUGGAAAUAUUCAAACAUGAACAGGAAGGAGGAGCUGUUGCCGUUUACGCGUCGAAUUCGCGAGUAUGCCGAACCUUGUGCCGGCGUUAUUCAUUAACAGGUCCGAGAGAGCUGGAAGGGGCACCUCAGAACGGAACGGGGGCUGUGCCCCAUUUUAACGUUCUACCAACUGAGUUGCUAUGCCGGAUAUUCAACUAUACCGUACUCAAGGAACGUGCUGUCGCUGAACGGGUAUGCUCCAGAUGGCACAACAUUCUCACGUCACGUGACUGCCCUCUGGCCGAUGUCGUUGUGGUAAAUCUGUUCGAGCCAAACGUAUGGGUGGAUACAAUCGCGAAAAAUAGAUACACAACUGUUAAAGGCACAUUUGUGAGCGAUUUCAAUGCAUUGCGGAACAUCUUUCGGCAUAUAUCAUUCGCACAUACUGCUAAGUUAUGGUUCUACACGGAGGAGUUUGCCAAAAACUGCAUCGAUGCUAUCUCUGAAGUGUUGGAUGUGAAAUGCGUCGAUGUGUAUCCAUAUGCAAAGGUGCACGUUCUACCGUAUCUACAGCAACGCCUUCCUAAUCUAUCCGCCCUGAAUAUGCGGCCGCAUUCACAUCAGUUUCAUGCUUGUGGACUUGAGUUGCCGUCAUUUCCGGACUUUUCCAGGCUAACCACCCUUAUACUAGAUAACUAUGGUAUAGAUGGAGACUAUGAAUUUCCGAAAACGGUGACAUCACUGGAUUUUUCCAAACGGGAGCAAACUCACUAUAGGGCGCUACUGCCCAAACUUGUUCAUCUCAACAACCUCGAAUACUUCACCCUUUCACAUGCUGAUAUGUCAAGGUCGGAAGACUUCAACGCAUUCGUUCGGGUCCUCUCCAAGAGCCAUCUACCAAAGCUCUCUAUCCUUAAUUUACGGAUGUGCAAAAUUUGCUCAUUGAAUUUGCAAGGAGAUGAAAUCGAAAUGAAUUUGAAGAUGAUCAAAUUUGAUCUUUGUUACGGAAAUAUUUUGGCAGCCAUCAAGGAGUUCAUCAGUUUCAAUCAGAAACUGAGCAUUCUUGCUGUCAACGUUCUUUGUAAUCGGAGUUCUUUGGAGAGUGUGUACAGUAUUUGCUGUGAACUUCGACAAAAACGAAUAGGACUGCAUCUCUCUAUAUUGCAGAAUUAUCCUGAUCCGAAAACCUCUGAAUCCCCGUUUGCUGACUUAAAACCGCCGACUUCGCUAUUCUACGUGCUGACAAAGUUUGAGGACGUUGUGUUGUUCCAAUCGUUACUUAUGUCAGGAACGUUCAAAGUGUUGCGUGAAAGUAAAUUUGUUGAAUGUGACGCGUUAACGAGUGAAGUACUCCAACAUUUGUCCGAGUCGGCUCCGGUUCUCCGUAAACUUGGCGUGCUUUCUUGUGCAAAACCGAAAGAUGCAGAUUUGCUCAUAUUCAUCUCAAGCAUGGCAGCAAGAACGACACCUCACCUUCAGAUUACAUGGAGAAGGGAUCGUCGCGUUGGAAGCUUAGCCGCAUGUUAUCUUUCACUUGUGCAUGAACAUCGUGAAACCAUCAAAGGCAAAAAAGCGCGGUUCUUGUCGAAAACGUUUUCGGCAAGUGAAGAAGGAGAAGAAAUCAUCGUUUGGGAACGGGAUAGUUCGAGAACUGUACAGAUACGAGAUUAUAACGACCAUCAGAAAUACCGUACACUUGGUUUCAUUGUUGGAGAGCGACCUGUGCAAAGCACCGAGGAUUUGCUGACAUCCAAUGAUAGUAGCUAG